UCCUUAGAUCCGCGCGUGGCAACGCCACGGCUGCGCAGCUCUCCGCCGAGUUCCGGAAAGGCCGCGCCAACCCCGCAGCCCUCGCGGUCUCCCUGCUCCCCUCGCCGCGAGGUACAAAUGAUGGAAAAUGUACACCUGGCCCCAGAGACAGAUGAAGAUGAUCUUUAUUCUGGUUAUAAUGACUACAAUCCAACCUUUGAUACCGAGGAAUUGGAGAAUGACACAGCUUUUCAGCAAGCUGUGAAAACUAGUCACGGCAGAAGACCUCCAAUAACUGCUAAAAUACCAAGCACAGCAGUUGCUAGACCUGUAGCUACUGGAUGUGGGUCCAAGACAUCCCUGGCAUCGUCAAUGGGAAGACCAAUGACAGGGGCUAUUCAGGAUGGAGUUACUAGACCCAUGACAGCAGUGAGAGCAGCUGGUUUUACCAAAGCAGCUUUGAGAGGCUCUGCGUUCGACCCCCUCGGUCAGUCGCGGGGCCCUGCACCGCCCCUGGAGGCCAGGAACGAAGACAGUCCAGAAGAAAAGAUAAGACAAUUAGAGAAGAAAGUAAAUGAGUUGGUAGAAGAAAGCUGUAUUGCUAACAGUUGUGGAGACUUAAAAUUGGCCUUAGAAAAGGCAAAAGAUGCAGGAAGAAAAGAGAGAGUCCUGGUGAGACAACGAGAACAAAUUACAAGUCCAGAAAACAUCAAUUUGGAUUUAACUUACUCAGUUCUUUUCAACUUGGCCAGUCAGUAUUCAGCUAAUGAAAUGUAUCCUGAAGCACUAAACACAUAUCAAGUUAUAGUGAAAAAUAAGAUGUUUAGCAAUGCAGGACGGUUGAAAGUGAAUAUGGGAAAUAUUUAUUUAAAGCAAAGAAAUUAUUCCAAAGCCAUUAAAUUCUACCGAAUGGCCUUAGAUCAAAUUCCAAGUGUCCAUAAAGAAAUGAGGAUUAAAAUUAUGCAGAACAUUGGAGUUACAUUUAUUAAAACUGGGCAGUAUUCAGAUGCCAUUAAUUCAUUUGAGCACAUAAUGAGUGUGGCACCAAACCUGAAGGCAGGCUUCAACCUAAUUCUUAGUUACUUUGCUGUUGGAGAUCGAGAAAAAAUGAAGAAGGCAUUCCAAAAGCUGAUUGCUGUUCCAUUAGAAACUGAUGAAGAUGGUAAAUACAUUUCACCAAAUGAUGACCCACAUACUAAUUUAGUGAUUGAAGCUAUAAAAAAUGAUCAUCUAAGGCAAAUGGAACGUGAAAGGAAAGCCAUGGCAGAAAAAUACAUCAUGACAGCUGCAAAACUCAUUGCUCCUGUAAUUGAAACAUCUUUUGCUGUAGGUUAUGAUUGGUGUGUUGAAGUUGUGAAAGCUUCUCAGUACGUAGAGCUGGCAAAUGAUCUGGAAAUAAACAAAGCAAUUAUGUACCUGAGACAAAAGGACUUUAAUCAAGCUGUAGAGACCUUAAAAAUGUUUGAAAAAAAGGACAGUAGUGUGAAGAGUGCAGCUGCAACCAACCUCUCAUUCCUGUAUUAUUUGGAGAAUGAAUUCUCACAAGCCAGUAGCUAUGCAGAUUUAGCUGUGAACUCUGACAGAUAUAACCCGUCAGCUCUUACUAAUAAAGGGAAUACAGUUUUUGCAAAUGGUGACUAUGAGAAGGCAGCUGAAUUCUAUAAAGAGGCUCUAAGAAAUGAUUCUUCUUGUACUGAAGCACUUUAUAAUAUUGGCCUUACCUGUAAGAAGCUAAACCGGCUUGAUGAAGCUUUGGACUGUUUCCUGAAACUUCACGCAAUCCUAAGAAACAGCGCCCAAGUCCUUUACCAGAUAGCAAAUAUAUACGAGUUAAUGGAAGAUCCCAAUCAAGCUAUGGAAUGGUUAAUGCAGCUGAUCAGUGUUGUUCCAACUGACUCCAGAGCUUUGUCUAAACUGGGAGGAUUAUAUGACAGUGAGGGGGAUAAAUCCCAAGCAUUCCAAUAUUACUAUGAGUCGUAUAGGUAUUUCCCGUCCAAUAUUGAAGUCAUCGAGUGGCUUGGGGCCUAUUACAUCGACACCCAGUUUUGUGAAAAAGCCAUUCAGUACUUUGAAAGAGCUUCUCUUAUACAGCCUACACAAGUGAAGUGGCAGCUGAUGGUAGCUAGCUGUUUUAGAAGAAGUGAGCAACCAGAUGUCCAGGAGAGCUCCCUCACCCAGGGAAGCGCGAGCUGUGACCACCGGCAGCAGUCCCCGCCAUUUCUUAGGGCCCUCUGUCCACCUCCGAGAGCCCCUCAGGUGGCAGCGGGACACAGGUGCGGUGUGACCUCAGAUCAUUUUGCGGGUUGGUCUCUAAUGUUACUGUGUUUCCUGUUGGCGGAAAGACCUCUCUGUAUACACAUUUCAUUUACGUCAGGGUGAGUCCGAGUUGCCUGCGCGCGUGUAGUGCCUGUCCUGUGACGUGUGUGUGUGGGGGGGGGGCCAGGGGAAGAGCGGCCACCUUAGCCGGCCCGGCCGCGCUCUGGGUGCUCCGCUCUCCGUCUUGUUCAGCCUCCACCCUGACGCCGAGGCCGGCGGGCCACCCCCUUGUGCAGGAGGCCCAGACGUAAGGGCAUAACUCUUUCCUGAGAUUUUAGCAAAGGUCUUUGAUCCAAAAUUCUUUUUUCCUAUUCUUUGCUGCCAUGUGAAGCUAAAUUAUUUUAUUACAAAACAAAAUGCUUUCUGUAAACUUUUUAAUGUUUGAAUAUAAAAACUGCAAAACAAGUUAUUUUUCAUCUUUUCCAAGUGAAUAACAUUGAAAUUAAUGUUAUUACUUCAUUUUAAGAAGUAGAACUAAGUUUCAACCAUUUACUUCCGCUCUGCGCCUUUUUCAGAUUUAUUUUGUCUGUACAUUUUCUUCCAGAAGUUAUAUUGAGGGACCUCCCUGGCGGUCCAGGUAUUAGGACUCCACACUUCCACCGCAUGGGGCACAGGUUUGAUCCCUGGUCGGGAACUAAGAUCCCACAUGCUGCACAGCCAAAACA